GGCUUCUGAUCCCUGGCUCGUAAUUGGCUGAAGCCCAGUCGCCCCCUUCCGCGCCCCCUUCGGCGGGGUGAGAGGUCAGCGGAGAAGCGGUCUGCAGGGACGACAAUGGCGGGGCUCUGGGUAGGGGUAGUAUCGCUGGUAGCUGCCGGACGGCGUGGGCGGCGGCCGCCGCAGCAGCUGAUGCGGAGCGCGGCGCUGUGGACCCUGAAGCAUGUUCCACGCUAUUCAAGACAGCACUUAAUGGUGUCCCGUAGUCUUGGUUCAAUGGGAUAUGAUCCUAAUGAAAAAACUUUUGAUAAAAUUCUUGUUGCUAAUCGAGGAGAAAUUGCAUGUAGGGUUAUUAAGACUUGCAAGAAGAUGGGCAUUAAGACGGUUGCCAUCCACAGUGAUGUUGAUGCUAGUUCUGUUCAUGUGAAAAUGGCGGAUGAGGCCGUCUGUGUUGGCCCAGCUCCCACCAGUAAAAGCUACCUCAACAUGGAUGCCAUCAUGGAAGCCAUUAAGAAAACCAGGGCGCAAGCUGUACAUCCAGGUUAUGGAUUCCUUUCAGAAAACAAAGAAUUUGCCAAAUGUUUGGCAGCAGAAGAUGUCAUUUUCAUUGGACCUGACAGACAUGCUAUUCAAGCCAUGGGUGACAAGAUUGAAAGCAAAUUAUUAGCUAAGAAAGCAAAGGUUAACACAAUCCCUGGCUUUGAUGGGGUAGUCAAGGAUGCAGAUGAAGCUGUCAGAAUUGCAAGGGAAAUUGGCUACCCUGUCAUGAUCAAGGCCUCAGCAGGUGGUGGUGGGAAAGGCAUGCGCAUCGCUUGGGAUGAUGAAGAGACCAGGGAUGGUUUUAGAUUUUCAUCUCAAGAAGCUGCUUCUAGUUUUGGUGAUGAUAGACUACUAAUAGAAAAAUUUAUUGAUAACCCUCGUCAUAUAGAAAUCCAGGUUUUAGGUGACAAACAUGGGAAUGCUUUGUGGCUUAAUGAAAGAGAGUGCUCAAUUCAGAGAAGAAAUCAGAAGGUGGUGGAAGAGGCACCAAGCAUUUUUUUGGAUGCUGAAACUCGAAGAGCAAUGGGAGAACAAGCUGUAGCUCUUGCCAAAGCAGUAAACUACUCCUCUGCUGGAACCGUAGAGUUCCUUGUGGAUUCAAAGAAGAAUUUUUACUUCUUGGAAAUGAAUACGAGACUCCAGGAUCAACAAAUAAACACAGAUAUAAAAACAAAACAGGUUGAGCAUCCUGUCACAGAAUGCAUUACUGGCCUGGACCUAGUCCAAGAAAUGAUCCGUGUUGCUAAGGGUUACCCUCUCAGGCACAAACAAGCUGAUAUUCCCAUCAACGGCUGGGCAGUUGAAUGUCGGGUCUAUGCGGAGGAUCCCUACAAGUCUUUUGGUUUACCGUCUAUUGGGAGAUUGUCUCAGUACCAAGAACCAUUACAUCUACCUGGUGUCCGGGUUGACAGUGGCAUCCAACCAGGAAGUGAUAUUAGCAUUUAUUAUGAUCCUAUGAUUUCAAAACUAAUCACAUAUGGCUCUGAUAGAACUGAAGCACUGAAGAGAAUGGAAGAUGCACUGGAUAACUAUGUUAUUCGAGGUGUUACACAUAAUAUUGCAUUACUUCGAGAGGUGAUAAUCAACUCACGCUUUGUAAAAGGAGACAUCAGCACUAAAUUUCUCUCUGAUGAGUAUCCUGAUGGCUUUAAAGGACACACAUUAACCAAGAGUGAGAGAAACCAAUUAUUGGCAAUAGCAUCAUCAUUGUUCAUGGCAUCCCAAUUAAGAGCACAGCAUUUCCAGGAACAGUCAAGAGUGCCCAUUAUUAAACCAGACAUGGCUAACUGGGAGCUCUCAAUAAAAUUGCAUGAUGAAGUUCAUACUGCCUUAGCAUCAAACAGUGGGUCAACGUUCUCUGUGGAAGUUGAUGGGUCGAAACUAGAUGUGACCAGCACGUGGAACCUGGCUUUGCCCUUAUUGUCUGUCAACGUUGAUGGCACUCAGAGGACUGUCCAGUGUCUUUCUCGAGAUGCAGGUGGAAACAUGAGCAUUCAGUUUCUUGGUACAGUGUAUAACGUGCGUGUCUUAACCAAACUUGCCGCAGAAUUGAAUGAAUUUAUGCUGGAGAAAGUGGCUGAGGACACAAGCAGCAUUCUGCGUUCCCCGAUGCCCGGAGUGGUGGUGGCAGUGUCUGUCAAGCCUGGAGACGUGGUAGCAGAAGGUCAGGAAAUUUGUGUGAUUGAAGCCAUGAAAAUGCAGAACAGUAUGACAGCUGGGAAAACUGGCAAGGUAAAAUCUGUGCAUUGUAAAGCUGGAGACACAGUUGGAGAAGGAGAUCUGCUCGUGGAACUGGAAUGAAGUAUUUAUAGCCUUUCAGUCAUCACCCGAUUUAAUUAGCCAUUUGUAUUAUUCUCUCACACUCAAUUUAUUCCAGCAUUUGCAGGGAUACUCCUGUGCAGCAGGUUUUACGUCGUCAUGUUUAUUCCACAUAAGUCAAACCAACAUUCUGCCAAAAUAUCACCAAUAGAAUUUUUUUUGAUAUAAAUACUUGUACAUAUGAUUUGUACUUCUGCUGUGAGAUUUCCUAGUGUCAAAAUUAAAUCAAUAAAACCAAGCAUUUGUCUAAA